AGCACCUCCAUAAGUGGCUGUGUGCGGGUGAAUGCUCGGUUUCCUGUAUGAAUGCUACAUGCAAACCACGUGGUGUGAAAGCAGACUGCAGCUUCUUUUGUUCAAAUCAAUCAAACCGGAGACGGACAGAGAGCUGCUGAAUCAGGAAAUCACUGCUACAUUCCUACUGCAAAGAUGCCUCGCAAGAAGGUCACAGAUGUGUCUGGGAAUGGUGGGAUGAAGAGGAAGAGGGCAACCGGCAAAAGGAAAGACAGAGACUUCAGCAGCGAUGAUGAGUUUGACUUCGAGCAGGAGAACAACAAGAAACCUGGAAAACCUGCCGCCAAGUCUGGGCUGCAGCCCGUCACCGUCGCCGAUGAUGUCAAAGAGAAAAUAAAAUUGGAGUUGCCAAAGACCAAAGGUCAGCUGCUCAUCUUUGGAGCAACCAACUGGGAUUUGAUUGGAAGAAAAGAGGUGCCCAAACAACAAGCUGCUUUCCGUAACCUGGGCCAGAACCUGUGGGGUCCCCAUCGUUACGGCUGUCUAAAUGACGUCCAGGUCAGCUGUGUCGUCUCUGGUCCCUGUGCUGCACACAGUCUCAUCAUGACCACUGAGGGGAAGCUGAUGAGUUGGGGUCGUAAUGAUAAAGGUCAGCUGGGUCAUGGAGACACCAAACGUUUGGAGGCACCAAAACUGAUUGAAGGUCUGGCAGAUCAGGUGAUCGUGUCUGCAGCCUGUGGAAGGAACCAUACGAUGGCGCUUACAGAUGAUGGCACCGUUUAUUCCUUCGGUGAAAACAAGCUGGGCCAGCUUGGCCAAGGCAGUCAGACCGAUGCCGUCCUCAGUCCAGCGCCGAUCUCCUACAAUGGGCAGCCUCUGGUGAAGGUAGCCUGCGGUGCCGAGUUCAGCAUGGUGGUGGACUGCAAGGGAAACCUGUACUCGUUUGGCUGCCCUGAGUACGGACAGUUAGGCCACAACAGUGAUGGGAAGUUUAUCGCCCGAGCCCAACGGAUCGAGUUCGACUGCGAGCUCAUCCCCCGACGUGUGGCCAUCUUCAUUGAGAAGUCCAAGGACGGUCAGAUAAUGCCCGUACCCAACGUGGUGGUCAGAGACGUGGCCUGUGGGGCCAACCACACGCUGGUGUUGGACUCUCAGAAGCGAGUCUUCAGCUGGGGGUUUGGAGGUUACGGCCGUCUGGGUCACACAGAGCAGAAGGAUGAGAUGGUCCCCCGACUUGUAAAGCUCUUUGAUUUCCCAGGACGCGGCGCCGCUCAGAUCUUCGCCGGUUAUCAGUGUUCCUUCGCCAUAAACGAGAUGGGGGGGCUGUUUUUCUGGGGGGUGACUAACACCGCCAGGGAGUCCACCAUGUACCCCAAAGCGGUGCAGGACCUGUGUGGUUGGAAGAUCCGUAGCUUGGCUUGCGGAAAAAGCAGCAUCAUUGUUGCAGCAGAUGAGAGCACAAUCAGCUGGGGCCCCUCGCCCACAUCUGGAGAGCUGGGAUACGGAGACAACAAACCCAAAUCAUCCACUACUGCUCAGGAAGUUAAGACUCUGGACGGCAUCUACAUCGAGCAGGUGGUGAUGGGUUACUCCCAUUCACUGGUCAUCGCCAGACAAGACACCGAUCAGGACAGGGAGAAACUGAAGAAGCUGCCGGAGUAUAACCCCCGAACAAUCUAAGAAGCCCCGCCCCCCCAGUUGGCAUCCAGCUGACACUCCUGGGAGGGUUCCAUUCAGGAGGAGGUCGCACAAAACAUCUCGACUACCAGCAGACUGGCUGCAUACAAUUCGGACUCUAAAAUCAGAGAAGGUGGAGGCAGAUGGAUGGUCCACCUUCAAGCGACCUGCAACGGUUCACUCCCAGCACUUCGGUCUUUGCAGUCAUGCCCCCCCCCCCAAAAAAAAAAAAAAAUUCUAGUAGUUCUCCUUUUAUUUUCCACUCUAACAUUCUUCUUCUGUUGUUUGAAAAUGUUGUAAUGUUUCCUGGUGCUACAGCAGCUGUUGGGUUGCUGAGGGGUUUUAGAGACCAACGCUCCAUACCUGUGCCUUUUUCUACGUCCAUGUUCAGGGUAUGGAGGUUUAGGUGAAUCAGUUGAUUUUUGUUUAUUUUAGCAGUGGGAGGCUGUAUGGAUUCUGCUGCCACUGGUUGCAAACAGAACCUGAUGUUCUGACUUGGUGCACUCCACCUGAUGUUACAUUCCUUUAAUCUUCCUCCUUCAGUAUCCUGGAUACUCGCUCCAUAUGCAGAGCCUGUUAGCUCAGUCUUCAUCUAUAUGAACUACUCCGACGCUCAAAGCGGAUUCACGAGCAGGCCAGAACUGAUCCGAUCUUAGCAGGCAGAGUUCUGUUUGUACUGCAUUCUAUUUUUAUGAUAUUUGUUUGUUUUUUUCAUGGCAAUGAUUAAAUAAAGAUCAAUGUAAAAAUGG